AUGGUCUCCCGGAUGCAUGUGGUCUUCCUCUUGAAGAAUGUCGCUUAUCGACUGGUCGUGUUGACGACGCCGGAUAUUGAUCCUGACCCUCGCUUUCUUCAUUGCCUCCUCCACGAUGCUCCACCGAAACCCUUCGAACAGGGACAAUCGAGCUGUGCCAAUCUCGUAGGGGCAAGUAUUAUGGCGCGGUGCGGCACGGUGGCGGCGGCGAUUGAGGGAGGAAGAGGACUAGGGGAUAGCAAAACCAGUCGUUUCCUUAAUGUUUCCUUCGGAUGA